GAGGGCCUUUUGGGCCUCACAGCCUGUGACUGCUUCUUCUGUGUUGCUGGAAGAGCCCCCCCCCACACCAGUCCCCAGGUGAAAUCUCCUGCAGGGGGGGCAGCUGAGCAGUCCUGGCUCCAUCUGUACCUUCACUGAGCCUAGGCAGCUUGCUCCUCCUGCUUUGCCGGAGCCCCCACUUCCUGGCGGGCUGGGCCCACAAAGGGUUUCUUUCUCUUUCUUUACCGAUUGCUCAGCCGUGUUCUCAGAGCCCUCCUGGAGGGAGAGAGGCAGCACCGCAGAGAGUGGGAAGAUGCCUCUGGGGCUCCCUUUGGGCGCCUUGGUGCUGCUCCUGUUCCACCCAGCCAGGCAGGCGGAGGGACAGGUUGAAGAAAUCAAGGUGGAACUCUCUUUGGGGAAGGUGUUUCUCACGUGCCCGGGAAAGGAAUUCGAUUGGUGGGACAUGAAGUCCGAUCGAGGACGCACGAAAACCCUGAACUUCUCCACCCCAGACGAUCAGCUCGAAAGAGGGUGGAUUUUUUUCUGUGGGCAAAAGAAUGCCAAAUUCUGGAAGAUUUACCUGCAGAUCAAAGGGUGCAAGGACUGUGUGGAGCUGAGCUUCGGCCUCGGGGCUGGCAUCAUCGUGGCUGACCUCCUGCUCACACUGGGAGUCCUGCUCCUGGUCUACUUCUGCAGCCAGAAGCAGCAAGCCCUCUUCAGGCCAGGUGCCCCACGGCGGCUGAAAGGACAGCAAACAGAUCAGCCCCCGCCUGUCCCAAAUCCAGAUUAUGAGCCGAUCCGGAAGGGCCAACGGGAAGUGUAUGCUGGUCUGGGGCCCCAGGCUUCCUGAGGUGCUGCCUCGCUUGCCAUGGCAAGAUGCCAGAUGUUCCGGCUGGCCAUGAGAGUCCCAGAAGUGCCUGCCUUCUCCUCUUUGCACUAACUGCUGACCUUCCUGGUGGGGGGGGGCUCCCUGUUUGCGCCGAGCUUUGCCGCUAGAAAAUCGGGUGGCCUGGAGAGCCCCAUCCCCGGUGGAGCAGAGAGCUGCGGGAUGACUGCAGGUCUCACCUGGGCGAGAAAGGGGCACCCUAGGAGCCUCUUCCCUUGUGUGGGGCCACUCAGCCACAGCACUGCUACUCCAAGGGCAUGCAAACUCUGUGGCUCCCGUCCCGUCCCCUGGGCAGGGCCUGCUGUUCUGGCUGGGGGUGCCCAGGGACCACUUGUGGCCAGGUCUCCCCUAGAGCCCCUGGUCCAUUUGUGCUUCAGGAGUCCUAAGCCCACUUGCCCUGGCAGGGGACGCCACGAGGGCCUGCUUUUACAUUUGUUUGGCUUGUGCUUGCAAAGAAUCCUAGUAAAGCUCUCUUCCAUUCAC